AUGAGUUACGAAGCCGUACCAUGUAUGUUUCGAAGCUCAGCGCAAAAUGGGAACGGCGAAACACAAUAUCUUGGCCUACUCAUUCGUCCCUCUGCCAACCAACAAAAUCCACCAAAUGGUACACCAUCUGGAUCGAUUGUCGGUCGAACUAACAAUGGUCAACCGGUAUCAACGCUAACACCUACAAGCAACUCUGUUAAAGGACCUCAACCGUUACUCGUUCAAGGAGUUUAUCCUCAAGGGGGUCCUAUUGUAGUGCAAGGUGAAACGCCGAAGGUCCUCGUCCCAGCAAAAGUCCAAGUUCGAUUACAACAAAGCGGAGAUGCUUCAGUUGCGAUCUCACCUACAGCUAUACCGUCUUCGACCUUACCGAUGGCCACGUCAACGAUGGGAUGGUCACAGGCAGCUCCUAUGAAAGCAGCAUUUGCUUCAUCUGGCCAUAAUAUAAUGUCCAGUCCAUGCAAUACACAGCAUCGCAGUCUGUCGGUGUGCUCUGCGUCGCCGCAGCUGGAUUCGUCACCGAUGUCGCCAUUACCAAACAUAAUCCAGUAUCACAAUCAUACCACCCCAUCUUCGACGAGAGUUGGAAUGCAGGCCGAUCCUCGAUCUACUCGUGUAACGGGGACUGGUCAAUGGGCUGCACCAGUGAGUGAUUCGUCAACGACGCCGGAUUCUGGUAUUCAAUCCGUGCCGGGUUCCCCACCAAGCAGCCAUCCACUCACGCCACCGACGAUGCAGUUGGAAGGUUGCGAUUCAGUCUGUGAGGAGCGGUGCGACAACGAUGAAGAUUUCGCAGAUAUGCCACGUCUUCUUCCGGUCGAUCAAGAGGACGCUCAAUGUAGUAAUAGCUGCUUGUCUGUUCGCGAAGACGUUGCAUCGUCGCACGGUUCUGAAUGUGAGACUGCACCAACACCAUCGAUUUCGAUCACACCCACUAUGGACUCGAAGGAUAUCGUUGAGCAGCUCCUUAUGCUUGAUCCUGAAAAGGCUAAUGCAAUUGCAAACCUCAUUAAAAGACGCCAGAAUAGCAAACGAAGGAGCAGCAGCAAGCAGGAGAUGGCACAGAAGCGCGGUCGACCUGCGAGCUCAGCAAGUGAAGAUCAGAAGAAAAGUGAGGAAGAGCCGACGCCGACAACAACGCGAGUGGCAACGCGCAGCACGUCUCGAGCAUCACAGAAGGACAACAGCCGGGCACCUGGCGCACUUACGACCAAGGUGGACGUGUCGCCGUCUUGCGUGGACGAUUCCAAAGAGAUAGGAUCCCAAGAAAUUUCUCCCGUUCCCAGCGAGCAGAUCUGCUCCGAGUCGCCAUCGUCUGAAGAACGCAAAAGCACUUCGGGAUCUCAAUCGUAUGAUUUGGAAAUGCGAAAGUUGUACCGCGAGGCAAUAAAGAGAAUGAUGAAGGAAAAGCUGGCCUCUCUUCUCGAGGCCACGGUUGUGGAUAUGCAAGGCCUGCAUAUUGGACUCAGAGAAAGGCACGAUCGGCGGCACAGCAAAGAGCGAAAGAACUUAUUCACAGUAAAUUGGGAGCAAGUACGCAAAAGAAGAAGAAAAGAAGAUGAUCGAAAGCGAGUUGCUGAGCGAAGCGAACGAAAGAAAGAGGUUGUUUCAAAGAGUAAAGAUAGAGAUCAUCCGAAACGGGAACCCCGCGAGAAGUCCAACGAUGCCAAUGUAUCCCGAGUUGAAACUAACGUUGAACGACGGUCACGUAAGAGGCGCAACGAGAGCAUGGAGAAGGAGAAGGAAAAGGAUGAGCCUAGGACACGAUCCGCUCAUUCAUCUAUAGCUAAAAGGCUUGGAUGUUGUGAGGCGCCAUGUCCAAGCAAGCGAGAAAAGGAGUACGAAGAGAUUCCUCGAAGUAUGGGCGUUGGAAAUCUUCCCGAAUGGGAUUCGCCAGUGCUGUCAUGCGGCUGUACCAGAGGAGCAUGUACAUCAGAUUCGGAAUGUGUGAAUCGUGCCCUCUGUGUUCAGUGCCCGUUAGCAUGUGCCGCUCCGCUAUGCGCAAACAAGAAGUUCUGGAAAGAUGACGCUAUGAAAUCGCUGGUCGUUAGUGGUGCGAAGACUCGUAAGAUUCUACGUACGAAACAGGCGAGACGAGCAGGCGACUUUUUGUGUGAGUUCGCCGGUGAAGUAAUUCGCUACGAAGAUGCGAAACAACGUUGGGAAACAUACUCGAAGACAGAAGCAACGCCUGUAAUUUUGUGUCUGACAUCACGUCUCUUCGUCGAUGCCACCAUUCGUGGGAAUGUCUCCCGCUAUGUGCGGCAAUCGUGCCGACCCAAUGCUAGGCUGGAAGUCUGGUCAGUGAACGGUAAGUACCGUGCUGGAUUGUUUUCACUUGGUGAGAUCGCGUCUGGAGCUGAAAUCACUAUCGACAUGAAUGGCCUGUUACCGCCGAUUGCCGCGGCAAGUGACCUGUCGAUUAACGAGGAGCGCAUCAUUCGCAAAAAUCACUUAUUCUUGAUGCGGAACAGGCAGAGCUCCAUUACUCGGGCUGGUGCACAUGGUUUGGUCGGUUCAUUCGGGCCACCAGCAUCGCUAGUCGAAGGGUUGCGGACAGUUCUUAGAGGAAUUGUGUACCGAGUGCGCCGUGUCGAUGGUCGUCUACCACUGAAAGCGUUGCCAGGCUAUCACCGAGUCAGUCGGCUACUCCACAGUGUCGAAAGACAGCGUGCUCACUUGAGCAAAUCUGAACUUUCGGCGGCUUUUGACAUGGAAAUGGGACGGUGGCUAGAUCAACUGGCUGAUGAAGACUUUGAGCGUGCUUACGCGGCAUUGCGUGGUCGAUACCUCUGUGAUGCUGGAAAGUCCGAGAAAGAUGAGAAACCAAAGAGAGAUCGCAGAAGAGAGGCUAGAUUCGUGAAUCGGGACACCAACCUCGAAUACAUCGACUCCAUUUUCCGAGUUGGUAGCUAUGAUCCUGAUGAAGUAUGGCCUCUGGGCAAAGCAAAUGAGAAGGAUGAUGCGGUGCGAUGUGUCUGUGGAUCUUUGGAAGAAGAUGGCGAGAUGACUCAGUGCGAUACUUGCAAUUUUUGGUUACACAGCGAGUGUCUGGACACUCGAGAUGUCGACCAGGAGACUGAAUACAAGUGUCAGUUCUGUCAUGGUGCGAUAUCCGGUGGGCGUCCGUGCAGCGAUGUAAUCCUUGCAAAACAGCCUGACAUACGAUUAUAUGGUUGUUGUGCACUUUUACACAGGCAUAACCAACAACGCGUCAAUUCAAGUCCGAACUCAAUGAAGCCGUUCGACGUCUCAGGAGCGGGCAUCAGAGAUGAUCAUAAGAAGAUUUUGAAAAAGUUGAUGGAUGUUAAUGAGAAGAGAAAGAAAGACGAGGUUGCUGGAGAGGAAAAGUUUGACGACAUUCCAUCAGCAGCUCAAGACCGUCUUCCUCCCGAAACGUUCCAUCGAAAGGAUUUGCGAGUGUUCCGAGUGGAGCGACUCUUCUCUGCUCCGGGCGGUCAUCGUUUUGUGUUCGGUUUCUAUUAUGCUCGACCCCAUGAGACGUUUUGCGAUUCGCAGCGGAUAUUCCAUAGGAAUGAGGUAUUUGCAACUCCGCUGUAUGAUACGCUCCCUCUUGACGCUGUUGUCGGACGAUGCACUGUGUUAGAUCCUUCAGUUUGGUGUCUUGGCAGACCAACAGUGCCGAAAUUCAAGGAAGAAGAUGUGUACCUUUGCGAAUACCAAAUUGAUCGCAAUCAACGAAGUUUCGAGAAGAUCCCGAGCAAAAAUCGAUAUCCGAUCAAUACGCAACCGUACGUGUUCCGAAAGUUUGACGAGCCUAUCACAAUAAAAAGAGAUUUCACGCCGUUCAUCGUGGACUCAUCCUCACCGUCAUCUUCGUCUCAGUCGAAGUCGUCAUCGAAAGACAAAGAUGCUAGCGAAGGGGUGAAUUCGAAGAGAAUAAUGAUGGAUAAUCUUUCUGCUAUCGUAGAAAAGCUGAAAUCGCCCUCUAAAACGGUGGAGCUCAAGGUCCAAGCAGAAGAGGAGAAGAAGCGAAGGCGUCCCCGUAAGCUGUGUCGAACGACAAAGCCUUCGAGCGGAUAG